AUGGAAAACCUUUUAGCCAACAAUCCACAACUGUUUGUAAAAGAACUAGCCCUCAACUGCUGCCACAUACCACUACCUGAAAGUUUUGUACUAAUAACAACUGAUCUGAGUUUUAAACACACGACUUUGGAUUGGAUGCCAUGCCAGGAAAUAAUAGGUAUCCAUCUGCUUUUUGUUUUUAACAUUUCUUUUGGAACCACCAGUCUCCCCUACCAGACCAGACCCUCAGCUAAUGAAGAAAACGGGGAUAGGACUGUUUUGCCAUCCCCGGCCAAUAAUGCUAUGACAUGUGGAAGAGGUCGGGGAUAG